CAGACAUCUGGAUUCCAGCUGGGACUUGGAUUUGCUGGGGACACCAGCCAGGGAUAUAGGACCAUGUGGCUGCCUCCAGCUCUGCUCCUUCUCUGCCUCCCAGGCUGCUGGUCCCUGGUGGGCCCCAGAUUUGUGACCGGCACCACCGGGGACUCCCUAACCAUACGGUGUCGGUAUGAGAAGGAUUACAAGGGGUAUAAUAAAUACUGGUGCCGAGGACAGUAUGACACCGACUGUAACAAGAUUGUGGAGACCCAGGGAACAGAGAGAGAAGAGAGAAGUGGCCGUGUGUCCAUCAGAGACAACGCCGACUCCCUCACCCUCACAGUGACCAUGGAGAACCUCAAUGCAGCCGACGCUGGAUCCUACUGGUGUAAAAUUCAGACAGUGUGGAUCCUGGACGCGUGGUCACGUGACCCCUCGUUCCAGGUUCAGGUGUCUGUUUCCCCAGCACCUCGUACGACCACAAGACGGACCACACAUCCAGCCACAACUGCCACGUUCCCUACAGUGACCGCUGGGCAGAAUUUCAGCACCAACCACUGCCCAGGGGUUCCGCUCAGCACUGUCCACUUCCUGCUCCUGAUCUUCCUGAAGCUGCCCCUGUUCCUGGGUGUGCUCGGUGCUGUCCUCUGGAUGAGCAGGUGUCAGAAGGGCCCCGGAGGCGGACAGAGUCGGCCUGACCAGGGGACUCCACCACGUUGCCCACCAGCUCCGGGAAAGCCCUGUCCAGGAAUACAGACCUUCCGACUGGACCAGAGAGACCUGCGGGCUCUGCACUCCAGGGCAGGGAGGCAGCCGUGCCCGGACUCUGCAGGGACCUAAGCCUUUGGAGGGUAUUGUUCCUGUGUCUUCAGAGGCUCCUGGAUCUCAGAGGACACCCUCUCAGGGGAGAAAGAUGAACCUUCGGGCCCCUGUGUUGGGUCCUCCUCUCCCCGUCCCAGAUCCUCAAGUAUUCUCUGGAGGUUGCAUGCUCAGAAGCCUGGCUCUUUAUUCUUCUCUGUGGCACAAAAGCUUAGCUCAGUAUCCCCCAGGGCAAUACCACCUCCUCCCUGCAGACAGGAGGCUCCUGCCUGCCCAGUACUGAGGCCUGGGACCAUAUGGCGCCCUCAGCAGGCUUGGGAACUGACCUCCCACAUGCCCCUCACAACUUCAGUCCUUGAGCUCCCUGGGCUCCAUCGUCCCCUCUUCUGGGGUCCCACACCUAGAACCCCAUGAGAAUGGGGCGUCAUUUACAGGUACAGGACAGGCAGGCGCAGGCCUGAGUGAUGCGUAGCUUAGAUUUCUCUGUGUGACCAAGCAGAGAAACCUACCAGGAAGCCAGAGACGUGGGUUAGCAGAGCAUUGAUGCGGGAGAGAAGACGGAUGGAGAGGUGAAACUUUGUAAACUCAUCGAUCAGUUCUAGCAGUUUUUUGGUAGAUUCCUUGGGAUCUUCUACAGAGAAAAGCAUUGUGCAAGAAAGACACUUUUAUUUCUUCUUUUCUAAUGGAUAUGCUUUAAUGGUAUCCU